UGCUCUAAAAUGAAAUCUUUGGCUUCUACUGCUCUCUUUAUUGUUCUCGAGAAGGAGCUCUUUUCUUGUUGAGCGGUGUUGUGAGUGAGGCGGGAAGAUGUGCGGAGGAGCGAUCAUCUCCGACUUCAUUCCGACGGUGAGACCCGAGCGGCGGGUCACCGCCGACUACUUGUGGCGGGGUUUGAAGAGGGGCGGGGCCAAUGGAGUGAAGACAAAGAAGAGUAACGGCCACCGCCGGGCUGUGAAGGAUACUGAGGAUGACUUUGAGGCCGACUUCCAGGAGUUCGAGUACGAGUCGAUGGUGUCGGAGGUAGAGGACGAGGUGGAGCACGUCGAUACGCCAUUCGCUUUAGCCUCCACCGAUCGGCAAGUCACUCUGAAACCUGUAGAAUUCAAUGGCCCUGCAGCUAGGUCUGCUAAAAAGAAGAGAAAGAAUCAAUACAGGGGAAUCCGUCAGCGUCCUUGGGGAAAAUGGGCAGCUGAAAUUAGAGAUCCUCGUAAGGGUGUUCGUGUCUGGCUUGGGACCUUCAACACUGCUGAAGAAGCUGCACGAGCCUAUGACGCAGAGGCCCGUAAGAUCCGUGGCAAGAAAGCAAAGGUGAAUUUCCCUGAUGAGGCACCAACAAGUGUUCAUAGGCACUCAUUGAAACUGAAUGCACCAAAGGCGCCCAAACCAAACCCACCAGAGAAGCUCAACUUCCACCAAGAUGUGGAUUAUGUGAAUGGACCAGAUCAGGAUUUCUAUUCUGUUUUCGACUUCAUUGAAGAUAAGGAACCCAUCAAGCAAUCCAUAAACUUUAGCUCCUUCAAUGAGAUUAAACAAUCUCCAGCAAUCGAGGAACCUGCAAUUAAUUUUUACUCUGAUCGGGGAAGCAACUCUUUUGAUUGUUCUAAAUAUGGCCAUGAAGGUGAGCCUAAAACCCCUGAGAUCACAUCAAUUCUUGCUCCGACUAUCACUGAAGCUGAAGGAGCUGCAUACCUAGCAGAAGGUGCUCCGUUGAAGAAACUGAAAAACAAUGCUGGAGAAGUUGUGCCAGCUGUAGACUCUUCUGCCAAACUGUCUGAGGAGCUGUCUGCUUUUGAAUCAUACAUGAAAUUUCUGCAAGUACCGUAUCUCGAAGGAGGCUCAGAUGAACCUAUUGAGAGCCUUCUCAUUAAUGAUGUCACUCAGGAUGUGAAUGGUGUGGAUCUCUGGAGCUUCGAUGACCUGCCACCAGUGGCAGUCAGCGGUUACUGAGGGACCUCAUAUUCUACCAACUGGUGUCCUGUAAAUAAGAUGCAACCGUACGUGUAUUGUUUAUGUUGUGUUGUUUAGGUAUCACUGCUGAUGGAAAUAUGGAGAACCAGAAAUAUUGGCAAUGUUCGCCAGCGGAACUUUGGUUUGUGGUAUUUUCUUUAGUUGCUACAUGUCUUGUUUAUGUCGUGUUGCCUUUUUUUCUGUUUGCCUGUCAUGUACUGAACUUGGUUCUUCAUAGUUAACCGGUAACCAUGUUCAAAACUGAUCAAAUAUUGCUUUUGUUCAAUGUUAGUAAUUGUUGCCA